AUGAAUUUUGGUAAGAAUGUGGAUGGCCAGUGCACUGAAGGUGAUCACAUGCUGAUGGGCGAAAUUGCACCCGGCGCAGCUGGCAGCACGCCGCUGGAUUAUUUGCCCUGUAGAGAUGCUGCUGCUUUCCCGAAAGAAAUACCUAUUGCACCGGGAAGUGAGGUGCUGCUCGAAUUUUACAGUGAUGAUAGCACGGCCGAUAACGGAGACGGUUUCCGGAUCGAAUGGAGUUGCGAGAAUUAUUUUGUGCUACAAGUGUGA